AGAUGAAACAAACAAAUAUUAAAUUUUGGAUUUUAUUCUUUGCUUCUGCCAGCUACGUGAUUGCGCAGAGCUCGAACGAACAAAGAAUUAGCGCAUCAUGUGGAUACUUAGCCAAAAAAAUAUUUUGCUUUGGUGGUUCUGUGAAGGUUCCAAGAUAUACCACGAAUAGCAUGCAUGUUCUUGAUCUUACUACACUUAAUGGGAAGACUCCUGAGGAAUUAUCUAGUAAAUGGGCAGGUAUCGAAGCAAAUACAGAAAGUCAAAAUAUAGAAUCAAGAGUCAAUCCUCAGUCUACACCACUCCCAGAUGGAAAAACCUUGUUAAUAGUUGGUGGUGGAAUUGGUGGGGCUUCUCAAACUGUAUCUUUCAACGGGGAAACUAUGUCUUGGGAUUUCUAUCAAAAUUAUAAAGAUCCCUCUAUUGGAAAUAGAAAUAUCUCAAGUGCAGCAUCGGUAUAUAUUCCGGAAUAUGGUUUCGUACUUUAUGGGGGCAUAGAAGAUGUUGACAGUGGUGGUAAUAAUUUUACCUAUCCUGGUGUAAAUACAGCUAGCUAUAUGAAUAAUUAUGGAGUUCGGUAUAUCGGUUAUCCAGAACUAGAAAUAUUAGACAUCAAUAACACAGAAAACCCUUGGAAACCUCACAUUUCAGAAAAAAACAGAACAAAUAUUUUUCCUAACAAUCAAGCUGCUAUAUUUGAUUCUAAAAACAAUAUUGUUUUUUUCUUUGGGGGUUCACGUUAUAACCCUACAACUGGUCGUCAAGUUCCAUUUCUUUUUGAUAAAGUUAUGACAUUCAAUCUCACUACGAAAAGCUGGGGGGAACAAACGUUAAAAGGUCAAGGACCAUCUCCGCGAUAUGCACACUCGGCUACAGUGGUGGGACCUAAACAAAGACAUGUUUUGAUAUAUGGUGGACAAAACGGGAGUGCAGAUAGGCCCGUAUCAGACUACUGUUACACUUUGGAUCUUGACAUGUAUCAAUGGACUCAGCAGACAAUUCCAGCACCCAACGGCAUAAUAUUAGCCAGAACAAUGCAUUCAGCUGUUACAAUAACAGAUAGCAUGUUAUUUAUUGUGUUUGGUAGAGCGGCCGACCUUGAACUUGCUGUAACAUUACUCAUCCUAAACGUUGCGAACCCUUCAAGCAUCACUUUAUUCGAUAAAUUUAUUGAUCCCGCUACCAUAGGACCAACAAAUACAGCUUCAGAUUCUUUUAAUGAUACUUCAAGCAAAGGAUUAACUUCCGGUGCUAUAGUUGGCAUAGCUGUUGGUGUCUCGAUCGCAGGUAUAAUAGGUAUUGCUUUAAUACUUUUCUAUGCAAUCAAAAAGAGAAAAAACAAUAAAACAGAGAAAGCAGAAUCUCUUAUGGAGGUUGACUGGGAAGAAGUCGAAAAUGAAUACCCAGAUGCUCCUGCAGACUAUCCUGAAACUCAUUUUAAACAUUCCUCCCAAACACCAGAUGAUAUGUCUGUGAAUCAAAGUACACAAGUACCGGAUUCUUCAAGCCCGUUUUUAACAAAAAAUACAGACACCAUGUCUGAGACUCAAACUACACAAGCACCGAAUUCCUUCAGCCCAACAGCAACAAAAAAUCCGGAUGCUCAAGGUAUCCAGGUGCCGGAUUCCUCAAGCCCAACUUUAGCAAAAAAAACAGCGCCCUAAUGGUAUCUGUCAAAUUCAGCCACAAGCAAUAAACAUUUUUUCCAAUUCAGGAACAUUUCUCGAUUAAAUUUUUGUUACCAGAUAAAUGUCCCAUUUAUUAGGCUUUCUAUAUUUUUUAAAUAUACAUACCAAGCCAAACUUUUUACUUUUGAUAACUAUUUGGCGGUAAAUCACAGGCCCUCACUAUCUCGGCUUGUAUUAGGUGAUUAAUACAGUGUUUUUGAAAAGGGCUGAGUGUUUUGAAUUUUCGGUCUCCAAGUGUGAUAAUAGUUUUUGCCGUUCUUCGGGUAAAUUAACGGAUCAAUGAAGCCUA